AUGUCUAAUAGCACAUCACCUGCCCUCUUUGCCAACACCAUCCUGGUGUCUCGAGAUGCGGGCCAAGUUCCAACACUCCAGACCAUCGGAGUCAUGGACCAGGUUCGCAAAAAGCGCCCCCAUAACAAAAGCCGGCGAGGCUGUGUGAAGCGCAACAUCAGCUGCCUACCGCCGUUCCAUCAACAUGUUAUUGCCCCAAGUCUCUCUGUACCUAGUGCCCAUUUCCAGAUGGACAUGGAUCCGCAAAUAAGCCUCUUGCAUCUCGAGCUAUUCCAUCACUGGGAUAAAGAGACCCGAUCAACGCUCACGUUUCCCCAAAUUUGGCCCGUUGUCAUGCAGCGGGCAUUCAACGAGGAUUUUAUCAUGUCCGCCAUCUUAUGUGUUGCUGCUAUGCAUCUCACAACUCUUUGCCCGCAGAGGACAAAAUACUCGCAUGCGUCAAUGCGGCUAAUGGCCAAGACAGUUCAGCUCUUUCGGAAAAAUCUAUCGCGCCCUUUGACGAAAGAUAACUGCGAAGCACUAAUGGGGACAGCCCUUCUCAUCAACUAUAUAUCAUGGUUUGACCUUGGCUUCUUGGACGGUGAAAAGGGUACCAACUCCGAAGCGAGGCUGGAUCUCGCCCAGGACCAGCUGUUUCUUCUCAGCCCAGGUAUCGUCCAGGUAUGGUUUCAGGCCAUGCCUAUCUUCAUUGACGAAGGAAGCGUCUUUACUCAAAUUAUAAACCAGAAUCCAAAACUCAGCAUUGAGGAGGUCUUGGUCAGACAAGGUGAGGAUACAGCACGCUUUGUAGAGCCGUUCAUGAAAAUCUGGGAUGAUCCGCGCCAUCAGACUUGGGGCUGCACAGCUACUGAGACAUCUGUCUGUGGGCCUACGUCUUAUGCUUGGCGUCUUCUUCUCGGGCUGGAGACGGAACUGUCAUGUCGUAGCUCUGUGUCCCAUGCUCCGCCGUCAUUGUCGGAAGGCCGUGACGAAAAGAAGAAACUGGUCUACAUCAGGGACGCUGUUAUAAGAAUUACUACCAAUUAUACUUCGGUCGACGAACCCGAUACAUCACUCACAUUAGAAUCUCAAUCAGCUCGCUCAUCAUUCGAAAACAUCAUACGCCGCAUUUCGCCUCUCUUGUGCUACGCAUCUCUCAAAACGGCAUCAGACACACCAGCACACACCGGCAUCGUGCCUCAAGAUGCGGAUAUUGAGCAGCUGUUCUAUGGAUUUCCGAUUCUCUGUUGCGGACCAUUUUCUAAACUGAUGAUGAGGGGGGACUCGCGGGCCCUCGUCUUUCUCUUUCAUUUUUAUCGCGCUGCACGUAUAUUGCUAGAUCCGAAAAGAUGUUGGUGGGCGUCCAUCAGGAGCGGCGUGAUGGAGCGGCUGAUAUCAACGGAGCUCAAGUCACGUCAGCUUGAUGUGUGCCUGCGGAGUUAG